UUCAGUUCAGUUCAUUUCAGCUCAGUUCAGCCAUGAAGGGCAAGAUCGCCGCAACGGCCAUGUCCCUGCUCCUGUCCUGCUGCUCACCUUCGGUGCCGAGGCUGAUCGGUGCGCGACGCAGAGCAAGGGCCAAGGGCUACAAAGGGCGCUGCAACCACCACAACUGCUGGUCCGUCUGCAUGACCGAGGGAAACACCGGCGGGUUCUGCAAGGGCAGGGUCAAGCUGGGUAGGACAUGCGUGUGCAAUAGGGAUUGCGGCGGCGGCGGCGGCGCACCAAAAGUCCCGCCCGGUGGUGGGGGUGAUCCACCGGUCCUGGCAGGGGUAACAACUAGAGCGCCCAACCUCCUGCUGGGGAGGAGGGGAGACCAUGCAAGAUGAAGAGCUGAUAGAGGCGUGUCAACCGUUGAUUUUGUGUGAUGGUCCAAGUCUAUCUCCAUUGGAUUAUCUCAAUAGCUUUAAGCUACCGUAUAUCCAUUAGAUUGACUCAUCUCUAUCUC